AUAAACGUCAUGUCAUAGAGAAUGAUAAGAUUUAAAAAAUAAAGAUUUAAAAAAUCACGGUCGUUUGAAAUCAUACUUAUCACUGUAAAAAUAAAUGACCUCAAUGAACUAAAGUGUCUUACACUUACAAGCAAAUUAUUUUUUUUGUCAAGUAUAUUGUUUUCAAGCCUUGGAUAUUUAUUUUAUUAAUCAGCUUAUUCUAGUGGCAUUUAAGGUUAGAUGUCUGUAACUAUAAUAACUAUGCUUUGUAAACUUUAUAAACACAGAGUUAAAAAGUUUAAAAAUUAAAUAUUUAUUAUUUUAUUAUUUUUAUUGUAAUGACGGUUUUUGUCUGCUGUUUUCGACGAGAAGCAGGAAGAAUUUUAUUAAGCUUGCGAACAUUUUCUAAAAAUUCAUUAAAUUUAUCAAUUAUGAGACACCAAUCUAGCAGCUUGGUACCUGAACGAGUGCUUAUUGUGUCAAAAGUUUCAAGAUUUCAAUUUGAACGUUCUCAAGAGCCAGAUAUUGAUGACCGAGAAUUUAAGUCCCGCUUAUUGGAUCGCGGAGCUAAUUAUGACAGUAUGUUAGCAAGUCACGAGAAAAAUAAAAUUGUUGAAAGGAAACUUGUUGAUACUUUGAAGAAAAAUAAUAUUAAUUAUCAAAUAACAGAUAGGUUCACUAUUAAAAAAGCAGAUUUUGACUGGGCUGAUUUAGUGAUAGCUAUUGGCGGUGACGGGACAUUUUUACUCGGUGCUAAUUUUAUAAUGGACAACAAAAAGCCUAUUUUAGGAAUAAAUUCCGACCCAGAUUCUUCGGAGGGAUAUCUAAUGUUACAUCGACGUUACACCGAUGAUAUUCCAAAGAUUUUUGAGCUACUAACCGCUGGAGACUAUGAAUUUGUCAUGAGAACUAGAAUUAGAGUAACUCUUCAGGGAGAAAAGAGUAAAAUUUGGCAACAGCCGUUUCAUAUGCACGAAAAAAAUCAAAUUCUUGGGCAUGAUAAUUAUCAAGCUGAUUGUAAUAAAGAAUUGGAGUCUGAUGGUAGGAAGUUUCAUCAGCGAAAGUUACCUUGGCUUGCAUUAAAUGAAGUAUUUAUAGGAGAAGCGUUAUCAGCUAAAACAAGUUUAUUAGAAAUACGUAUGGAUGAUGAAGAAAAUUACCAUAAAUUUAAGAGCUCUGGAAUUUGUAUUAGUACUGGAACAGGUUCAAGUUCUUGGUACAAAGCAAUAAAUAGUUUAACACCGCAAAUUGUUAAGGAAAUUUUAAAUGUUGCGACAUUGAAUAAUAAGUACACUGACAAAGAAAUUGAAAAAAUUUCUAAUGAUUAUAAUAAUAGGUUACAAUUUAAAUCAGAUGACACGCGGAUAAGUUAUGCUAUUAGAGACAUUAUCUUAAACGAAAUAUGGCCAUUACCAAAAACAAUGAAACCUCGUGGAUUUUGUAAUCGUUUGACAAUAAGAUCUCAUUGCUAUGAUGGAGGAUUGGUGUUGGAUGGUGGUAUAGGAGUACCAUUCAAUAUUGGCACGAUAGCUCUUCUUGAGACCAAUCCAGAUGAUGCGCUUAGGACAAUUAAAUUACCUAAUUAAAUAUUUUUAUUAUAUUCCAAUUAGAGAAAUUAAAUUGAUUUUAUAUCCUAUAAAAGUCAACUUUGUAAAACUUAAGAAUUAUUAUUGAUUUAAUGUACUUGAUAUAUGUCGAUUAUAUAAUUAAUGGUAUUAAUUACAUUUGUCCUAUAAAUUGAAAGGUUAAUUUAAAAAUUGAUAAAGUAACUUAAAGUUAUUAAAUAGUCUCGUUAUUAACGAGUUGGUAAAUGUCAGUAUUAAUUCUUAAGUCUUACUGAAUCUCUAUUAUAUACAUUAGGGUGGCGCAAAAAAACCGACUAUUUUUAUUUUUUAAGUCUCGAGUGAAAAAAUGUUAGUUUUUGAUGUUUUA